UUUAUUUAAGGAAAUAAUAAAGUACAUUAAUAAUGAAUUUAUUGUUAGUUUAAUAAAAAACUUAUUAUAUAAUUAGAUGGACCAACCUGUUUCUUUAAUGAUUCUAAGAAUCAUUCUAGUGAUGACAUGUGGGUACAAAAAAAGUUGUAAUGUUUUUCAAAUAAUAUAUAAGAGAUAUGAUUCGCACAUGAGAUAGCAUAUUGGAAAUUAUCAUUCUCAUCAGCAAAUGGGCCUGAUACUUGCCAUUCUUGAGAUUAAAAGCACUUGAAAGGAUAAAUAGGCCUUGUUUACUUUUCUUCUAGGGCAACAUGAUUGUUUAUCCAAUUAGUAAACCUACUUUAAUAAUAGCCCACAACAACAAUACUCACUAGCUAGUCAGUACUUUUAGUCAGGGCAAAGUCACUAGCUUGUUUAUUGUUAGAAUCAACUGUUCUAGCUCAGGCUGUGUUGCGCAGCAUUGCAUUGUGUUUGUGGAGAUCAAUUCCAACUUCCAACAAUCACCUUCCUUUUUUUUUUUUUUCAUAUGUCUAUCACAUAGACUCCAUAUUGUGUAAAUAUAGUCAUCUAUCUGCAUAUGGGGACCAAAGUUCUUAGAGUACAGUACUUAUUGUUCCGUCUCAUACAGCUUCUUUAUUUCCCUUUUUGGUAGAAGCGUCAGGACAAAGCAAACAAUUGUCUUUUAAAAAAAAAAAAAAAAAAAAAGAAGCAAACUAUUGUCUAAGAUUAGACUACUAUUAUUACACCUAACGUAAACGUGUGGAUAAAAUAUACAUAAUUUUUAAUUAGUUAAUAUAAAACAUCAUAAAUCCUUUUCAAAUCUACUCUAUACUAAAAGGAACAAAUAGUGAGUUUAUAGCCUGUCCACGUAGGCAAUUAUAUUCAGCCAAUGAUAACAUUUGAUUAAUCCACGUAGGAUUUCUGUUUUUAUUUUCUCUUUGGGUUUAUGGGUCGCGAUACGAACGAAAAACAAACGAAAUCAAAUGGGUCGCGAUACGAAGAACGAAAAACAAACGAAAUUAAAUGGGUCGCGAUACAAACGAAAUCAAAUGGUUUCAAUUUGUUGGGCUUCGGUUGGUUUAUUGGGCUAGGUCUGAGUAUAUUAAAAAAAAAAACAAACCCACGCGAGGCGGAACCCUCGAAGCUCUGCGCCUCCAUCUCUUCGUCUUCACUCUUUGUUCAUCAUCGUUACAGAAAUUUCGAUCCACCUCUCUACAAUCAAUACCCCAUGACAUCUCCAUCCAUCAAUUCAUCCUUUAUGAGUUCGUUUCGGUUUGCUUUUUUCCUGCCCCUUUAUAUAUUGUUCAUCUCUUUUCCGUGGAAACCAAAUCUCGAACUUCUCUCCUUACCCUAUGGCGAUCAAACCGAAUGGAAAAUCCCCUGUUACCUCCGAUCACGAUGACAAAAUCAUGCUUUUCCGCGACGUCACACCGGGUCCCCACGAAACCCAGCUGCGUUUCCGCUUGAUUCAUUUCUGGGAGGCUUGGAACCCUCUGAAGAAGACGCUUAUUGGGAUUGAGAUGCUGUUAAUUGACGAGGAGGUAUAUGUUUUCAGCCAAUAUAGUUUUAGGUUCUUUGUUAUUUAAAACGAUCUUAGGUUUUUUUCCUCCUGAUUUUAUAUCCAAAAGUUUCUGCGUUUUACCAUAUUCGAUCGUUGUUAAAUUUGUUAUUAGAUCCUGAUUUAUAUAGUUUUUAGCUUCGUUGUUAUUUAGGUCGUUGUAAGGGGUGUUGUUUAGAUCGUGAUUAAUAUCGAUAGGUUUCUUGGUUGUUUGUUAUUUAAAACGUUGUUUGUAUUUUUUUUAUCUCCUGAUAUUAUAUCGAUAAGUUUCUUCGAUUUACCAUAUUCGAUAGUUCUUGAAUUUGUUUUUAGAUCCUGAUUUAUAUAGUUAAUUUUUACACUGUCCUUAGUUUUUAUAAAACAAAAAAAACUAUUUAUUGGUAAUGUUUUUUCUCGCAGGGAUCUGUUAUACAAGGAUUCAUUUCUCCAAGCCGUAUCGAGAGACAUUUGUCUAAAAUGAAGCCUGGAUCGCUUUACAAGCUCAACAAUUUUUAUGGAUCAAGCAACAAAACCAUGUAUCGGGUUUCUGAUCAUGCUGUGACGGUGUCGUUCUCAUGGAACUCGGAGCUCUCUGUUCUUGAAGACAGUCCCACUCCUUUUGAAGAAGACAGAUUCCGUUUUCAUUCCUUUGAGGAGUUUCAAGCUGGCUGUGAUAGCAAAGGAGACCUCUACGAUGUACUUGGGCACAUGAAGCUGGUUAAUGGUCAGUGUCUCACGGGGACCCCCGUUCUUGAUGAAGUGGAAAUAGCUAGGGCGAGGCAUGUGUUGGUUCAUGUGCAGUCAUACGAUGGACCUGUGGUGAAGCUCUACCUUUGGGACCAGGCUGCAAGAGACUUCUGCAAAAAAUUCAAAUCAUACGAACGGACCCCCAGCGUGUUAUUGGUGACGACCGUUAACACCAAGAGUCUUGGAGGUUCAGUUUCUAACUUUAGAAAUUUUCUUACAAUUAGUAAUCUACUCUUGGUGGUCUUUAAAUGGGUGUUGCUUAACACAACAGGUACUCUUGCACUGACUACAAUGUCCUCCUCACGUGUCUUUAUGGACUGCGACGUCCAACCUACGGUCGACUACUUUAGCUGGUUGGGCUCUAACCCACAGAGUGCUGAGUUGGUUAAUGCAGAAGUGGUUACUAAAAGGGAGACACUGACCAUAGGAGAAAUAUUCUCCUACAUCAGGGAUGGAUCUAAUAAGGAGGCUUUUUUUGAGUGCACGGCUACGAUUGAUGAUGUGGUCCAUGGUUCAACCUGGUAUUACAUAUCAUGCAGUGGUUGCCAUACUAAGGCUACAAAAGGCCCAACUUCUUUGAUGUGUUCAAAAUGUGGGAAAGUCAACAUAUCAGGAGUGCCACAGUACCGUGCACAGAUAUCUGUCUAUGACAACAGUGAGCAAGCUGUUUUUGUUCUGCUUGGCGAUGCUGGUUUUGAGUUAACCGGGAAGCAUGCAGCCGAGUUAGUCAGCAGCUAUUUUGAGGCUAAUGGAGACCAAGGAGUUACUCAAGAGGUGCCUUUCCCCGAAGCUUUAAUCAGCACUAUUGGUCAGAAACAUAACUUUUGUGUAAAAGUUACACAGCACAACUUAGAUGGCAAGUCUCGAUCUUUGACUGUCACCAAGAUUCUCCCUAUGGAAUCUCCACCAGUCACAGAAGCUUCGGGAGGAAACUACAACCCGACAACCUUGGAGGAGGGAUUUGAGACUGGAACAAAGGUGUGUGAAGCUUCCAAAAUCAGUGGGGAUUCGGCAGAAGGAAGUAAGAGCAAUGGUGACAUUGAUGAGAUGGGCAAAGCAAAACGCCUUAAGCGUGGGGUGUAGAUCUUACGUGUGCGUAUCAUGUCUUGCAUGGGAUUACGUUUAAAGUUUUUUUUUUUUUUUUGCUCUCUCUGUUAUUGACUUAUGAUUUCUUUCAAUUUCUCUAAAGUUCUUUAUAUACUCUGAAUGCUUAUGUUUUGAUUAUCAUUAUUCUACUUCUUAAGGCUUAUAACUCUGUUUCUUUAGGUGUUUUGAAAUAUAACUUUGUGACAAAUACCGAAUAUGAAAAUCAUUUUUUAACGAACUAUUGGUUUUUUUUGAAAAAUGUCUGUAAUGAAAGCAACAUUUUAGGAAAAAAAGGAGGUUUUCAAGUGCAUAUUUUACUUUGGAUAAAAACGUGUUUACCAAUCUACAUAAUUACUCUACUUUCCAUAAAAUUGUUGAAGGCAUAAAUUUAGUACCGUUUAUGGAAAAAGAACCAAUCAAGUAAUCAAGCAAUAUCUAAACCAUAUCAAACACGAUUUUUUAAAUCGAGAAUAUAUCUUCUCAUUUUUUAAUCAACCAAGUAAUGCGAUUUACCUAAAUCAUAUCAAACACGUAUUAUUUCUCCCGUAACUCUCCCCUUAGGCUGCUGCCCGGUGAACCAAGAUUUCUUUUUCCGUUUUGAAGCAUCCCCUUAAGCUUCUGCAACCAAGCUUCCUAUUUCCUAUUUAGUGUCUUCUUUAGUACGUUGGAAUUAUUUCUUAUGAGUAUAAAGAACAAUUCUAUAGUCAAUGAUAUUUAAUGGCUAUAUAAAUUAUGUUUCAUAAAAAAAUCAGUAUAUUGUAUGCUAAGUGCCUUAUUACAAAAUGAUCAAAUAUUCGAUUUGAUGUGCUAAUAUUGUAUAAAAUAGUGUCUCCAGAAUUUAGUGUCUUCUUUAGUACGUUGGAAUUAUUUCUUAUGAGUAUAAAGAACAAUUCUAUAGUCAAUGAUAUUUAAUGGCUAUAUAAAUUAUGUUUCAUAAAAAAAUCAGUCUAUUGUAUGCUAAGUGCCUUUGUUUAGACAGACACUAAUGAAAAUGCACAUAUAUAAAUGACUAAAAUAUAUAACUUUUUAUAUAAGCUAAGAAAAUGGUUUGUUUUAAAAAAUAAAAACGGGUUUUUUGAGGUUCGAACCCCUAUAUAAGAACUAAUACGGAUGCCUAUCUACCAUUAGGCUAAAUACACUCAUUGAACUAUAUAUGCCCAAUAUAAAAAUAUCUAUUAACCGGAUGAGAUGAGGGAAACAUAUAUAUGUGGAAACACGAGUGGUUGGAUAGCACAAAUCUCUAUUUAAGCCAAAAAUAUUUGAAAUUUUGACUAAAAUUUUAAUUGCGAUGGGAUGGGGGUUCGAACCCUAGGUUAUAUUAAACGCGGAUGCUGCUUUACCACUGGACCAAAGACACUCAUUGGAAAUAUAUGCACACAACAAAUGAUAUCUAAACACUGAUAGGGAUAAACUAAUCGCUUCUUCUUCUUUAUAACGAGGGAAAACUCGACCCUUCCUCUUCUUUUUCAACCGCUUCCAUUCCAAACUACUCGCCAUGUCUGAUCUAAAUCCUUCUUCUUCCGUUGGAACUAGGACUCGGAGGUUCAGCGAGAUCGAUGACUCAAACGGAGAAGAAUACCAGUUCCGGUCGCGAGUUCCGUUCAAGACGUUCGAAGAUCGUCUCCAAGAAAGUCGAUUGUUAUUCUACGGAACCGUUACACCAAUUGGGGGUUACUCUCGCCGUCAUCCUAACGAAGACGCCUCUACCGUGUAUCGCUCUCUCUGCCUUCGAGGUUUUGUUGUUCAAGGUUCCCUAAAUCCUUCGAGUCGCAGGUUAGAUGAUGUGUUUAGGGUUAUUGAUGAAAUAGGGUGGUCUUACUCGGUGUUGCAUGUGAAUCCGUUCUGUCCUAGAGUUGUGAGAGAGUUCAUCUCAAACAUACCAUUCUACGAUGAUGGAGUUCUAAUUAGAGGAUAUGUCUAUCGUUUCUCUCCUUCGUUGAUCAACGAAUUGAUGAUGACACCACCCGUUGAGCAACCAUAUAAGUGGAAAGAGGUCGUGUUAGAUCAUGCAAUCGCUCAUCUCACAGGUGGUCAAUGUGCUGGAUGGACAGGGUUUAGUCUCAAUGCUCUGUUCGAUCCGUUCAAGAUCCUAUAUCGCGUGUGUGAGCGUAGUUGGCUUCCAGGACCGGACUCAGACUUGAUGAUGAAGAAGCGUCUCCGUCUCAUGUAUGCUGUUACCAAACGCAAGCAAAUCGACUUUGGCCAGCUUGUGUAUGAACAAGUGAUCGACAUGGCCCGCGUAAGAGAUUUAGACACGAACCUGGUAUUCCCAAAUCUUAUUUAUCAACUCUUAAUGCUUCAGAGAGAAAUUCCUCUGCUCCCAGGUGAUGAAGAUCUUAUUGGAAAAGGUAUCCCCAUCUGUGAAUUAAGAAGUGAUGGGAGUGGUCCAAGGGGGCGUAGAAGACUUUGUUAGUAUGGUUGCAAAGUAUUUUUUGUGAAGUCCAUCGUUCUCUAAAAACGUGAAUGAUGUUUCAUACAUUAGGUAUUACGUAUAAGACUUUGUGUAAGUCUAAUAUAUGCUCUUUUUGGCAAGUGGUUUGUGUUCAACUCCUUUCAAAAUUUGAAUCUCAAUGAAGUUUAUGUUUGGGUGUGA